ACUUGUUACAUUUUAUUUCAGAGAACAUCAUUUAAGAAUAUGGAAACAAAAAAUGCAACAGAGCUGACAGAGUUUGUUCUCACAGGACUUACACAUCAACAGGAAUGUAAAAUUCCUCUGUUCUUGUUGUUCUUAGUUAUAUACAUCAUCACCAUCAUGGGGAAUCUUGGUCUGAUUGCUCUCAUCUGCAAUGACCUUCAACUUCAUAUUCCCAUGUACUUAUUUCUUGGGAACUUGGCUUUUGUGGAUACUUGGUUAUCCUCCACAGUGACCCCCAAGAUGCUGGUCAACAUCCUCACCAAGAGUAAGAUGAUCUCUCUCUCUGAAUGCAUGACACAAUGUUUUUCCUUUUUAGUCAGUGCAACCACAGAAUGUUUUCUGCUGGCAACAAUGGCGUAUGACCGCUGUGUAGCCAUUUGCAACCCGUUACUUUAUCCAAUGAUUAUGACUAAUAGGCAAUGCCUGAGAAUGCUGGUCUCAUCAUUUGUAGGUGGUCUUCUUCAUGCCUUAAUUCAUACAGGUUUUUUAUUCAGAUUAACUUUCUGUAAUUCCAACAUAAUUCAUCAUUUUUAUUGUGACAUCAUGCCAUUGUUUAAAAUUUCCUGUACUGAUCCUUCUAUUAAUGUUCUGAUGCUAUUCAUUUUCUCUGGUUCAAUUCAGGUGUUUACAAUUCUCAUUAUUCUUGUCUCUUAUACACGAGUCCUGUUCACAAUUUUAAAAAAGAAAUCUUUACAAGGCAUAAGGAAGGCCUUCUCCACCUGUGGAUCCCACCUCCUAUCUGUCUCUUUAUACUAUGGGCCUCUUCUCUUCAUGUAUGUGCGCCCUGGGUCUGUGCAGGCAGGUGAUCAAGAUAUGAUUGACUCUCUAUUUUAUACUGUUAUAAUUCCUUUAAUAAAUCCAAUUAUCUACAGCCUGAGAAAUAAGAGUGUCAUAGAUUCACUGGGAAAAACAUUAAAGAGAAAUACUCGUAUCUGA